AUGAGCUCUCGCUGGAAGAAGUUCUCCUCGGACGGACCUGGACAAAUCAAUAGUUGGAAGCGGUUCGGCCGGUACCAAGACAUAUACGGGAGCAAGUGUAGCCCUUGGUUCCACGAGCAUGAUGGUUCCCUCAAAGAUGAUCGAGUCGUGAAGUUCGGUAUCAUCGCCAAGAAAUAUCCGAUAUAUUAUCCUAAGAUGAUCAAAGAGGAGAAGACACAAUACGGGAGCGGCGAAGCGAACAUGGAACUUGAGCAUAUGUCGGGUAGCCGGAGUCAAUGCAUCCAGUGUGAAGGCCCACUGAGCCCAUAG